AUGAAGUGGUCAACUCUUCUGCCUUUGGCGCUUUCCACCAUAUCUCUGCUCCCUUCUGCCGGAGCAUGGGAAGUAACAUGGCAUGACUCCGAAAACAAAAGCCAUAGUCAAAAAGGGCAUGGUCCCAGCGACUGCAUUGAAAUCGACAACCCCAAGGGCAAAGUUUUCAAAAUCGACUCUCAAGGCGAAAAGGGCAUCAACAUGCUUCUCUUCGAUAACAGCAAGUGUACUGGAGACUCGGCGGGCCAAGCAACCGAGAGCUUCUCCAGGGACGCUUCUCGGGGUCUUCUCGGUUUCAAGGUCGUUAGUCUUUCUUCGUCGAACUCCUCCGAAACCACUACGACGGACAAAUCUGCCAGUCACGCCGCGACUACCUCCUCGAAAGCCUCAAAUACCCAGGUCUCCUCAACAAGUAGCAGUGAAAGUGACAAAUCGUUAACGGCUCAAACAACGGCUGCAACAAGUGCUACUACCACGACCACAGUAUCUGAGACUCAGAGUAAAGCGCCUCCUACGACUUCGAGUGCAGCAAGUGCAACCACUUCUAAUGCUGCAAUUAAGCUUGUUGGUCCGAGCGAUAAUGUUGCGAAGGGACUCAUGGGUGGAAUUAUGGGACUUGUGAUGGCUCAAUGGGUUUUUUGA